ACGCACGCGCAGCCCACACGCUAGGCAUGAGGUCCUGCUGCGGGGGCUUCUGGGAGAGAAACAUGGCGGCGCCCGGGCUACUGCCCGGCGUGGGCAGGCUCAUUGAGAUGCCCGCCGUGCUGGGGCGCUUGAGCCGAGCUUACAGCAAGUCCCACGCCUUCACGGAGGUUCUGCAGCUGCCAAAAAUGGAACUGACGAAGCUCGUGUUCCCGUUACAGGAACUCCAGCGGCAUCUCCUCCCUGACGCCAAGCCCGACCUUCUUCAACUGAGGAUCUUUGACCCGAGCCUGGAGGCCAUCGCGAGGGCGGAGAGCUUCUUCACGGCCACCCCGCGGAACCGCAUCGAGUACGUCAGCUCGGCGGUGCGCCUGGACCACGCCCCCGACCUCCCCCGCCCGGAGGUGUGUUUUAUAGGCAGAAGCAAUGUUGGAAAAUCUUCUCUAAUAAAGGCUUUGUUUUCAUUGGCUCCAGAUGUUGAAGUCAGAGUCUCCAAAACCCCGGGGCACACAAAGAAAAUGAAUUUUUUCAAAGUUGGAAAAUAUUUUACAUUGGUGGACAUGCCAGGUUAUGGCUAUCGAGCACCUGAAGAUUUUGUUGAUAUGGUAGAGACCUAUCUAAAGGAACGAAAGAAUUUGCUGAGAACAUUUUUGUUAGUGGAUAGUGUUGUCGGAAUUCAGAAAGCAGACAAUAUUGCCAUAGAAAUGUGUGAAGAGUUUGCAUUACCUUAUGUAAUGGUGUUAACAAAAAUUGACAAACCUUCCAAGGGACGUCUUUUAAAACAGGUGCUCGAGAUCCAGAAAUUUGUUGACACUAAAACACAAGGAUGUUUUCCUCAGUUGUUUCCUGUAAGUGCUAUGACCUAUUCUGGAAUCCAUCUGUUGAGAUGCUUUAUAGCAACUAUAACAGGAAAUCUUAAGACUAAUUAAUGGCAUCUAACUUUGCUGAAGACUCAA